AUGCUAACUGCCACAGUUUCACAUGAUAUGAGGACUCCUCUUAAUGUUAUAAAUGGACUGCUGAACAAUUUAGAUUCAUAUAUCACAAAUGAUGUUGGAAGAAGAUUUUUGGGCAUCAUAAAGAAUUCUUCAAAGUUUAUGAGCUUCCUAGUAAACGAUCUUCUAGAUUUUUUUCAAAUUAAACAUGGAAAAUUCAAGAAAAAUUUAAUGUGGGUUGACUUUAAAUCCUCUAUCAAAGAAUUGAUGGACAUAUUUAAAGUUGGUGCAGAUGAAAAGGGAAUUCAUUCAAUAUACUCAUUCUCCCCUAAUUUCCCUAAGACUUUGUAUAUAGAUGCUUAGAGAAUCAAAUAGGUCAUUUUAAAUCUACUUUAGAAUUCACUUAAAUUUACUUUCUAAGGAUUUAUCAAACUUGAAGUAAGUUACGAUUAUCUACUAAGUACUAUAAAAUUAAGUGUCUCAGAUUCUGGAAUAGGCAUAUAACCUGAGGAUAGAGGAAAAUUAUUCACCUUAUUCGGAAAGCUAGAGGCAACACAACAGAUUAACACUAAUGGCAUAGGCAUAGGGCUUAAUAUUUGCAGAUAGAUAGUUGAAAUGUUUCAAGGAACAAUUGAACUAGAUGGCAAUCACAGUCCAGGUUGCAAAUUUAACUUGACUUUGAAAUCAUAGCAUUAAGAAUAAGAACAAGAAAUAAAACUAAGCGAAAUUGAUUUUGAAGUAAACUUUGAAUCUAACAGAAAUAGAAAAAAUUUAAGUCAAAGAUAUAAGAUAGAAUAUGGGAAUUCCUUUCAGCCUAAGUUUUAAGUGAGUAAUUGCUCUACAGAUAGUCUUAAUUGCACUUAGCAAAUGAAUUUAUCUCAAUAGCAAGCAUAUCGAUAGACACCUAUUUAAAGUGAGCCAAUGCUUUUGAACACUGAUUUAAAGAAGAAAUGCUCUUGUCCUCAAUUAAAUAGCAUUUUAAUAGUUGAUGAUAACAUCUUUAACUUGGUAACCCUUGAAGCCAUCCUUAGUCUAUAGUUUAAAUUAGAAGUUGAUUAAGCAAGGAAUGGGAUGGAAGCAGUUCAAAAAGUGUAGGAUAGAUUUAAAAUUAAAUCUAUAUGUGAUAACAAUUAGUGCCAUAAAUCUAUCUAUAAGUUGAUAUUGAUGGAUUGCAAUAUGCCAAUAAUGGACGGAUUCCAAGCUACUUAAGAAAUUCGUAAAAUUGAAGCGACGAUAGACAAACCUAAAAAAAGUUACAUAGCAGCAUUAACAGCAUAUUCCACAGACAGUUUCUAAUAGAAAUGCUUAGAUUUUGGGAUGGAUGCAUUUUUAACCAAGCCUAUUAGUGCUGACUAGUUGAACAAAAUAUUGAAGGACAAUUCUCUUUGA